AUGGGUGACGCCAACGCGAAUUCAAGGCAAUUAGCCUUUAAGAAUGCCGGGAAAAGUGCUGAAGUAAUUUUCCUCUUUCAUGCUAAUUGAUUUCAGGAAAUGCGACGGCGCCGUCAAGAAGGCCAAGUGGAGCUACGGAAGACAAAAAAGGACGAAUGUCUUCAAAAAAAGAGAAACAUGCCGUCUACACCCCCUGCGGAUCCCGACUUGGACCAAGCGGAGAAGCCGGCUCUUUUCAACCUUAACGCCGUCGUUGCCAACGCUAAUAACGAGAACCCUUCAGUCCGCCUGCUUGUCGUUCAGUCUGCCCGAAAGCUAUUGUCAAGUGACCGCAAUCCACCCAUUGACGAACUGAUUAAUUGUGGCGUCCUGCCAAUGCUUGUCAGCUGUUUAGACUCCGAUAAGUAAGUUGACGAGAGUGUUUUCUCAGAAUUUGAUCCGACUUCGUAUCAAGGCACAGCGGCUGUCCUGUCGUGAUUGACAAGGUCCCGUACUUGGUAGAUGAAGCUUGUCAUGGUUAACGAGUAGUCCUGUGACUUUAUAGAAGUACAUGGAAUAUCCACUUAAGUGACUGUGGCUUUUGCCGUUUUGACGAAGCCUUCCACUUCAAAAGAAUCAGUUUUAUAAAUCGCUUUGUUCCUUUGAAUAUUUGCUAUCUGACGUACUUUCGUCUGUUUUAGCCCUACCCUUCAGUUCGAAGCAGCGUGGGCGCUAACAAACAUUGCAUCUGGAAAUUCCGAACAAACUGCUGCCGUUGUGCAGGCUGGUGCUGUCCCUUAUUUCCUAAAGCUCCUUUCGUCUCACCACGCAAACGUGUCCGAGCAGGCAGUUUGGGCACUGGGGAACAUAAUCGGUGAUGGCCCUCAGCUUCGGGAUCUGGUUAUUGAGAUGGGAUUGAUAAAGCCUCUUCUGAACCUCCUCACACCUAACAUCUCUAUCACUUUCUUGCGAAAUAUAACUUGGGUGAUGGUUAAUUUGUGCAGAAACAAGGAUCCUCCGCCUCCUGUCUCGACCAUACAGGAAUUGCUUCCUGCGCUGUUGUAUCUUAUCACUAAUACGACGGACAAUGUAAGUCCUGACUUAGUCUACAUUCCAUAAAUUGUCUCGCGUCCAAAUGCUCAUCCGAAAUCAGGAUCAUAGCUCACAUGCUAGACGCAGAUUUCUAUUACCCAAAACAUUAAGCUGCCUGUGUAAAUUCACUGACAUUGGUGUCAUUGCCAGCUUUCCAAUUCUUGUUACCUUGCACCUCCACUUUCACCGACCAUAAUUUUCUUGCCUGCAGCAAAUACUCGUUGACACUGUCUGGGCUAUCUCCUACCUAACCGACGGGGGAAAUUACCUCAUCAGCAUGGUUAUCGAUGCCGAGAUCGUGCCACAUCUUGUUCCCCUUUUGUCGCAUCCCAACUUUAAAGUGCAAACUGCCGCUCUGCGGGCCGUCGGAAACAUUGUGACGGGAACAGACCAGCAGACGCAAGUUGUUCUUGACUGUGGAGCUCUUAGUCAUUUCCACCAUCUGCUGAAUCAUCCAAAGGAGAAGAUCAACAAAGAAGCGGUGUGGUUCCUGUCAAAUAUAACGGCUGGCGACCAAAAUCAAGUUCAAGCUGUCAUUGAUCACGACCUCGUGCCCCUGAUCAUCGGUCACUUGGCCAACAGCGACUUCUUGACUCAAAAAGAGGCCGCAUGGGCUAUAUCUAAUUUGACUAUUAAUGGCACCGUCAAACAAGUGAGUUUUUGUAAAUCAUACUCAUAAGAUUUGUCUUUCCUACUCCAAACGACUGAUCGACCAAUGCUCUCUUGCAGGUUCGUUAUCUAAUAAGUCAAAACGUCAUCCCACCGCUGUGCAAGAUGCUGGUCGCACGUGACGUCCAAGUAGUACAAGUUGUGCUUGAUGGAAUCUCGAAUAUCUUGCGUGUCGCCGGCGAUAAAUUAGAAGAAGUCGUUAACGCCAUCGAGGCAUGUGGCGGUUUAAAUCACAUCGAGGAGCUUCAGCAGAAUUCCAAUGAAACAAUUUUCAAAUUGGCUUACAACAUCUUGGAAACUUAUUUCACUUCCGUAAGUCAGCUUUGCCACUUUUUAUUUUGUUGCCAUUUCAAAAGUACACUCGGCCUGGAGCCAGAGUUACUAUAAUGGUAACCAUUGGUCAAGUGUCAUUCCGGGAUAACUCUCCGGCCCUCUACUGUUAAAAGUUAGCCACCGACUUCUGCAUCUCCUCAUAGUACAUAAUGAUGCGAACCUCUUGCUUGUAUUACACGUGUUUCGGAUGCAUGCAGACUGAUAAACACUGAUAACCUUACCCAAUGAUAUUUGUACACGACAGGCUCCGCACUUUUAAGUUGAACAUUAAUAACUCGAGAACUAGCGGUUCAGUCACCGUUUCCGACGAGUUAGACCGUUUUCUGCUUAUAUGAAUUAUUGAGAAAGACUUAGGUAGUAUCAGAUCUGCACCCUAGUCCCCACUAGCCUACAGUCGCAGGAAAAAGUCAAGAUCACUGGACCAUAUUGGACGAUAGUACACCUGACGCAUUGCCACUACGUGCACGUCCUUUGUUUUCACCCUCCACUGGACUAUGUCUAGCAUACGGUACAAUUUUUCCUGCGUCUUGAGGUACAGAGGUGCGGUAAUUUUUUUACUCCAGGUCUGCUUGCUCCGUCUUCAUUCUCAAGCUUUAUAUGCAAUUUUCAAUUUCUUAUCUAGGACAUCAGAUAAUCCAAAUUAUCUUAUUUUACAGCCACUGGAUGAAGCACAACCGGAAGACGCUUACAACGAGGGCGAGAAUCCGGCACAAGUCAACCCAUCUACUACCGAAGGGGGCGGCGAAAACGCCUUCAUGUUCGGGCCGCACGUUGGAAAUAUGCAAUUUGACUUUUAACUUAUCCCUCACGCGAAUCUACUAGCGUAGUCCAGUUGUAUCGAUUUGCUUUGUGAGUUACCCUGAACGUAUUGACGUCCUCUGCACUGAUGCCCAACUGCAUGUCUGCUGACUCGCCGUUUGACAUAUUCCCAAUUUGAUCGCUCAACUUACGACCUACAUCUGGGUCGAGAUGAUGUUUGCAUCAUAUCCACGACGUACAUUCCCUUUUCCACGAGUUCGUUACGAAAUCGUCCAACCCGACCCCCAUUUGUUCGACCGCGCCUUUUUUUCUGAACUUUUACAACUUCGGAUUUCUUCAGUUUUAGUCAGGUACUGCAUUGCCCCAGUGUGUGCCUUCUUUAUUUUUGGUACCUUAUCCUGCUGUGUUGGCAUCGAUCACUGCAUUUAUUGUUUUUGAUUCUUUUAACUCUACCAUAUUUAUUAGCGCCAUCCCAGCGUCCCCACUGGCGUUAAUCCAAAGCUAAACACCUUCCUAAAACUCCCCCCCAAUCUUGUAUCUUUCCUUGGAUAGGCUCGCCCUCGGAUUUUGUACCCGCCCCUUUCGGCUGAGCUCGUCAAUCUGGCUAAACCUUCCCGUUGA